AUGGCCGCCAACGGCACUGAUGCUAUCGACACCACUGCCACCACCGUAUUGAAUAUCAACAUGGCUAAUGUUACAAAGCUUUCCUCCUCCAACUACUUGAUGUGGAGCCUUCAAGUUCACUCCCUUCUCGAUGGCUAUGGCCUUGCUGGCCAUCUAGAUGGAUCCAAACCAGCUCCUCCUCCAACUGUCAUCGCUGUUGAUGUCGUCUCCGAGAACCCGUUGUUUCUCCUUUGGAAACGUCAAGAUCGGUUAAUCUACAGUGGUCUUAUCGGUGCGAUUACAACGCCUCUACAGCCUGUUGUGUCACGUGCCACCACUGCCUCUGAGAUCUGGGAGACUCUCUCUUCCACCUACGCUAAGCCAAGUCGCGGCCAUAUCAAGCAAUUGAAAACUCAACUCAAGCAAUGGACGAAGGGUAACAAGAGUGUUGAUGAAUUUCUUCGUGGAGCCACCACUCGUCUCGUCCAACUCGCUAUCCUUGGAAAGCCGAUGGAUCAUGAGGAUCAAAUCGACUUGAUCCUUGAAGGCCUUCCAGACGAGUACAAACCGAUUGUUGAUCAAGUUGAAGGGCGUGAUGCUCCUCCUGGUCUCACUCCGUCGUUUCCUGCUUCUGCGAACGUCGCUCAACAACGCUCCUCCUCCGCCUCUUCCAACAACAACUACAACCGCAACAAUCGCAACCAGAACCGCAACAAUCAUUCACACGCCAACAGUGAUGUGGUGUGGCCAUCUCCACCGUCUGCUCCUCGUCCCCACCAGAACGUUGGUCGUCCAUACCUAGGUCGUUGCCAAAUCUGUAGUGUUCAGGGACAUAGCGCGCGGAGAUGUCCCCAACUCGCUGCGAUGACUUCACAAUCAUCCCCGCAACCACAUCCUCCACUCACACCGUGGCAGUCACAGCCUCGUGCCAAUCUCGCGGUCGGGUCUCCGUACAUCGCAAGUAACUGGCUUCUUGACAGUGGUGCAACCCACCACAUCACGUCUCAACAAUCUCUCGCUGCAUCAACCGUGAAGGAUCUCAGCACGGGGGCACUUCUUCUACAAGGCAGAACUAAGGACGAACUCUAUGAGUGGCUGGUGUCGUCUCCACAAGCUAUGGCAAUGCUUACCUCCUCCACUAAGAGUACAUAUUCUUGGCUAUAUCCUCUCAAACACAAAUCCCAAGUAAAAGAAACCUUCAUUGCCUUUAAAGCCCUUGUUGAAAACCAUUUCAAGUCUCGAAUUGACACACUCUACUCGGAUAAUGGUGGAGAGUUCAUUGCGUUACGGAGUUUUCUUGCAACUCACGGCAUCUCACAUCUCACUACACCGCCGCACACUCCGGAACACAAUGGACUCUCCGAGCGUAAACAUCGUCAUGUGGUGGAAACCGGCCUCACUCUCAUGACCGAGGCAUCAUUACUGAAGCACUAUUGGCCAUAUGCCUUUGCUGCUGCUGUCUACUUGAUCAAUAGACUGCCCACACCGGUCUUGAACAAUGACUCACCGUAUCAUCGCUUAUUUGGGACGUUGCCAAACUAUGGGAAGCUCCGGGUCUUUGGUUGUCUAUGUUUUCCCUGGUUGCGUCCAUACACGGCGCACAAGCUUGACGCUCGCUCUAAACCUUGCGUGUUUGUUGGGUAUUCUCUCACACAGAGUGGAUACUUAUGUCUUGAUCCCGAAACUGAACGAGUCUAUGUCUCUCGACACGUUCAGUUUGACGAGCUCACGUUCCCUUUUUGUACAAGCGCAUCAUCGAUGGAAGCUCCUCCUGUUGUUGAUACAUCGGUCACCACUUCGCUGAGUGUGAUUCGUCUGCCUUCACCAGAACAAGUGCCUCCCUGCUCGGUCCCUCACCCUCCGCCACCUCCACCGACGAAUGUCUCUCUUCUGUCUCCAUCUCAGGUAUUGCCUUCUAACCCUCAAACUCCAUCCACUGCUCCUCACGAGCCACAAAAUCAAAUCUUACCACCACUAAAUCCCUCCCCACCAGUGCCUAACCCUGAAAUGGCCAACUCACAAACACCGUCCACUGAAGUCUCUCCAAUGCCCUCUUCGAGACCCUCUUCUCCCUUACCACAACCAUCACCUCCACUCUCACCUCAACCACCACCACCACCACCACCCCCUGCCCCUCUCCCUGAAAUUGUACCACAACCUGAACCUGACAACCCGGAUGAACCCAUGAAUACUCACCAGAUGCGAACGCGUUCCAAAAACAACAUAACCAAACCCUCGAAAAAGCUCUCUCUCCUUGCAGCCCUCAAAAACCUGUUACCCAUGGAACCAACAACAAUCACACAAGCAUUAAAAGAUCCCAACUGGGGUCGAGCUGUCUCUGACGAGUUUGGUGCUCAUAUCCGUAAUCACUCGUGGGAUCUCGUCCCACCGAACCCUUCUCAGAAUGUUGUUGGCUGUCGUUGGGUCUUCACGCUCAAGUAUUUCUCUACCGGCCUUCUUGACCGCCACAAGGCACGCCUUGUUGCCAAAGGCUUCCUUCAGCAGUACGGUGUUGAUUACUGA